UCCGGAAGGUGGGGCUUUUGUUGCAGGAGCGGUUUGUAUUUGGGAAGCCAAUGCUUCGGUGUUAUCCUCUAUAUCAAUGCAGCCAUCAAGGUAGCACCAACCGAGGGAAGAGAUACAAACCCUGAUUUAGGGAGUUGUAAGCUGUCCAGAACCCAAGGGCUCAGCUCUGCUGUCAUAUUUGCUAGAGAAGCUGGACAUUUUCUGUCCUGCUGUGGCACAAAGUGGACAGGACACAACACAAGUUCUGAAUUCCAGGUAGUGUCACAGAGUGCAGGGAAGUGUGUGUGUGUGUGUGUGUGUCUGUCUGGGUGUGCCUGUGUGUGAGUGUGUGAGACGGAGGCGCACAGAAGAAUCCAGCGAUGGCUACCAGCAAAAGUAAAAACCAGAGCUCUUUGGCACUGCACAAGGUGAUAAUGGUGGGCAGUGGUGGCGUUGGGAAGUCGGCCCUUACCCUACAGUUCAUGUAUGAUGAGUUUGUGGAAGACUAUGAGCCCACCAAGGCAGACAGCUAUAGGAAGAAGGUAGUCCUGGACGGGGAGGAGGUCCAGAUUGACAUCUUAGACACAGCAGGCCAGGAGGACUACGCUGCCAUCAGGGACAACUAUUUUCGCAGCGGGGAGGGCUUCCUACUGGUUUUCUCCAUCACAGAGCACGAGUCCUUCACUGCCACCGCUGAGUUCAGGGAGCAGAUCUUGCGAGUGAAAGCAGAGGAGGACAAGAUUCCUCUCCUGCUGGUAGGAAACAAGUCAGACCUGGAGGAGCGCCGGCAGGUGUCUGUGGAUGAGUCACGGGGGAAAGCUGAAGAAUGGGGCGUCCAGUAUGUCGAGACAUCAGCCAAAACCAGAGCGAACGUCGACAAGGUGUUCUUUGACCUGAUGCGUGAAGUACGAGGCAAGAAAAUGUCAGAAAACAAAGACAAAAAUGGAAAAGGCAAGAACAAGAAGAACAAGAAGAGUUUCAGAGAGAGGUGUUGUUUACUUUGAACUCUUCAUAGACCUUAAUACGUCCCACAAUGCAACUGUGAAGUUGGGGAGCAAAGCAAAGCGUCCUUGUAAUUGUCAUUCAAAUGAAAUUUAAUCUUUUUUAAUAGCUGUUUAUAGUGUAGUGUCCUUUUAUUUGUUUGUGUGUGUUUUUAAUUGACUAAAACUGAGUAGCUGUUGGAAGAUAACCACUGUUGUGACUGUGACUUGGAUUACAGUGCUGGUAAAGCCAAUGACCAAACUGCCACAGACAAUAUCUCUGCUGCUCAAGUCUUCACUGUUUAACUCAGUGAUAAUACUGCCUUUGACUUUGGUUCAGUGUUUUACAACAGAAUUAUUCUCAACUAAACAGUGCCCUUGAGUUCUUAACCCAAUGUUAAUUUUAAUCUGCAUACUUUUUCCCCUCGCCAUUGAACCUUUGAGUUUAUGAUGACCAAUUUACUGUAACUCUAAUGCUGGUCUCUGUCAUAUUUGUAAUCAGCGAUGAUGACAGUGACCUGUCGUGUUGAAGAUGUCGGCCUCAUUUCAUUUCUUUCCAGUUUGGAGCAUGUUUGGAAUGACUGUUGAAACUCUUUCACCUGCUUUCAGUUUUGUUUUGUUUUCCCAGUACAUCCUGUGAUUUGUGGAUUUCUGACCACAGACAAAUCAUGAGUGUACUCAGAAGAGAUGUGUUGCCAAACAGGACUGUCUUUCUCCAUAAGUAGGACUUACAUGAUCUCAAACCAGGCAUCGCUGGAAAAUAUUAUUUCACAGAAUUUUUUUUUCCCCUUAUACUCGACAUUACAAAAAUGGGAGCAAUGUUGCCACUUGCACAUCACAUUGUUGUGGGUAAAAUGAGUGGUGAGUGAGAGUGGACAGUAGACCUGUUCAUCCUCAUAUUUCUCUGCCAUGUUCAUAAAGUCUGGGCCUUCUCACUGCAGGUUACUGCCUGUUUCCUGCGAGACAGUUUUUGACAAUCCUGGGGGCCAUCAUGCUUCUGGUUCUGAUGUCAUUAUAUUCGGUAGCUGCUUAUAAAUUUUAACAAUUCUAAUUGCUUGUUUGUUUUUUAGUCCUGGGUCUUUUUGAAUAAUAUGCACUACAUUGCCAAUACCUAAGAAGUGAACUUCUUACUGAACUGUGCCAACGAAAAUGACAAAAAAAAAAUGCUUAUGGCUGUACAGUAUGUAUAUUAAUUAUUUGAGUGUAUGCGCGUCUACCAGAAAACCUUACCACCUUUCUGUCUGUGUGACUGAAGCUUUUGACCAGGAUGCCAACAUCUGAACUGUGGUUUAAUCAAUCUACCAUUGCCUAAAACAUUCUUUGAAACGCGUCCGUUCUUUUUUUUUCCCCUUUUACUUCCUACAACUGUGAGUGUACUUUAAUGUCUCUGCAGUGGAAGUGCUGCUUAAUAAAUGCUAUCCCUCCCUUUGUAA